GUGGGCGCAGGCCUCUAAUGCUCUGCUCCCUCUAGAGCGCCCAAGGUCUCUCUCCAUCCAGAACCUGGGGACCGACGCUCUGCUGCAAUGGGCUCUUGGACUAAGGUUCAGAGCUGCCUAGCACCCAGCUUGCUGCAGAACCAAGUGGCCGUGGUUACCGGAGGUGCCACGGGCAUCGGAAAAGCUAUCUCCCGGGAGCUCCUGCACCUGGGGUGUCAUGUUGUCAUUGCUUCCCGGAAGCUGGACAGACUAAACUCUGCUGCAGAUGAACUGAGGAUGUCUCUGCCUCCCUCCAGCUCUGCACAAGUCACUGCCAUACAGUGCAACAUCAGGAAAGAAGAAGAGGUGAAUAAUUUGGUCAAAUCGACCUUAGCUAAGUAUGGUAAGAUCAACUUCUUGGUAAACAACGGAGGAGGCCAGUUCAUCUCUCCUAUUGAAGACAUCAGUGCAAAGGGAUGGAAUGCCGUGAUCGAGACCAACCUGACAGGCACCUUCUACAUGUGUAAAGCAGUUUACAAUUCCUGGAUGAAAGAACAUGGAGGGUCGAUUGUCAAUAUCAUUGUCCUGAUUAACAGUGGGUUUCCAACAGCCUCGCACAGUGGAGCUGCAAGAGAAGGUGUCUACAACCUCACCAAAUCCAUGGCUUUGGCAUGGGCCAGCAGUGGAGUAAGGAUCAACUGUGUUGCUCCUGGAGUCAUUUAUUCCCAGACUGCUGUUGACAACUAUGGCAAGCUGGGACAAAGCAUGUUUGAAAUGGCCAUCGAGGCUAUCCCAGCUAAGCGCCUUGGAGUCCCUGAGGAGGUCUCCUCCGUGGUGUGCUUCCUGCUGUCCCCCGCAGCCUCCUUUAUCACUGGACAGUUGAUCAAUGUGGACGGAGGCCAGUCUUUGUAUACUCACUUCUACCACAUACCAGAUCAUGACAACUGGCCUGAAGGAGUCGGGGACCUUUCUGUGGUCAGGAGAAUGAAAGAAUCUUCUAAGAAGAAGGCCAAGCUCUAAGUCAAGGAAACACCCGUCUGUCUUGUUCAUGUGUGCCUUAGCAUCUUGAGAAUGUUUCAUACUUUCCUGUGGGGGAAAAAACUAAUUUUAAUGUUAUCAGUUUUAUCUAUGCAAAAACUGUGCCCAAAAUAAAUGUAUCUUCCUGUCCAAACCAGUUAUCUUUUAA